AUGGCUACCAAACCCCUCGAUCGGUAUGGCCCUAAGUUGGUCGAAAAGGCCGAUAAUGUCCAGUCGCGCUUGACCGGUGAUCAUCACCAGCCUGCAGGUGGAUAUGAUGCUACACCCUUCCCCCGCGCGCCGCCGGGGUAUACUGUCAAAUUUACCUUCCAUCGCGGCAACGAUCUCCCUGUCGCAGACUUCGGAAGUUUCUCGUCCGACCCUUAUAUCCGCGCGCAACUGAUUGUCGACCUUCCCCGCCGCCACAAGCAAGACCCUAUUAUGAGUUUCCGGAGUCCAACCGUGCGCAAAAACAAAAACCCCAUUUGGAACUGCGAGUGGAUUGUCGCCAACGUUCCAGCAUCUGGUUUUCUUCUGAAGGCCCAUGUCAUGGAUGAGGAUCCCGCGGAUCACGAUGACAAGCUGGGGAUUGCCUUCAUUGAAGUCCCGGCGCUGUCGGAAAACUGGGAAGGGUUCAAGGAGCAGACUUUCAAGAUCAAGAAACGCUAUGGAAGCAAGCGCGUUUACGUUUUUACCAACGUCUCCGCAUUCGCGACCGGUCAUCACCAAGAGUCUUUCCUCAUGUACACUGUUGGGCCCAACGCCUGGUUCAAGCACUUUUCGCCUCUCAUUGGAAGAUUGGCGGGCGUUAAAGAUGAUACCCAGACCGACGUGAACGGCAAAUCAAUCACGCGUUACAACUUCCAAGCUAUCGAGAUGCAACUCCGAGGCCCUGUGCCCGCAGAGUUGUACCAUCGUUAUGUUGAAUUCAAACCUUUCGUCGCUGGCAUGUUCCAGGCGCAAAGCCUCCGAGGACGGAUCCUGAACAAGGCGCUUCAUCACCAGCACUCCCGCAUCUACAACUUUGAUCGCAGUACUCUUGACGGAUCGUUUCCAGAACCAUGCAAAGAGUUUUCCCAGAAAUUCCUCGAGUUCACCAACCAUGGCCAAGGUGGCCGCAUCUUCACCUACGUACUUACACUGGACGGACAACUGCGGUUCACAGAAACGGGCAAGGAAUUCGGAAUCGAUCUGUUAAGCAAGCAUACGAUGCAUAGUGAUGUUUCGAUAUACAUUGCUUUCUCGGGCGAAUUCUUUGUCCGUCGACGUGUACACCAUCAUCACAGCUCCCAGUCAAAUGACGAAGCGGGACUGGUCGUUGAGCAGAAUGAACAUCUCCCUCACGACUCAACCGAGCCAUCAGACUACGAACUAUUCAUCGAUAAUGACAGUGGAACAUACCGUCCGAACGCUGAAAAGCUUCCACUGUUGAAGCAAUUCCUCCUUUCCAAUUUCCCGGGUCUUCAUAUUACGACACUAGACUGCCAAAAGGACGCAGAGCGAAUGGGCAAGAUGAAGGAUGAGCAGCGCGCAGUCAAGGCACAGGGUAAUGUGAUCACGUAUCUUCAGCAGAGCAGCGCCUCUUCCCUGUCCAUCUCUAGUUCGGAGGAGGAAGAGCUCGACGAGCGUAUGGGUCAGGCUCCUCAGCGGGGCGACCUGUCCAAGAAGGUGCAUGAGAUGCGGGAUGUCAAGGGACAGAUGAUGAGGUGGGUUGAGCAUGACGGACAUGCGGAUAAAUCUAAACCCAAAUACAACCCUAAGGAGCGCCCAGCUUCCAUGGGGAACCUCUGA